CAAGCCAACGGUGCUCGAGGCCACCCCGCGGCGCUCGCUGGGGCGCGCUCUGCCCCCCCCCCCCCCCGCGCUCGCACAUCGCCGCCAUGGCCGCCCCAGCCGAGUUGCGGGCGGGGCGCCUGACCGUCCGGCACGGCGGCGCCCGCUGCACGCUGCUGCUCCUGGAGGGCGCGGAGCCGGCGGCUCUGGAGCGGGCGCUCGGCGCGCGGCUCGGCCUGGGGCCCAGGAGCUUCUACCUGACCCUGCCCGGCGACGACGCGGCCGUGCCUCUCUCCGCGGCGCUGCCCGCGGGCCUGACGCUGGUGCUGCAUGCGGCGCGACGGCCCGAGGAGGAGCUGCUCGCGGACCUGGACGCCUCGGCGGCGCCAGGCGCGGCUGCCGCCGCCGAGCAUCCUGCGCGGCAGCAGCUGCGCCAGCCCGCUCUCGGCGACGCGCCUGGGUCGCUGCAGGACGCUCAGACCGCCAGGCCCGCGUCGUUGCCGCUGCUCUCACUGCAGGGCCGCUCCCCCGCCUCCGGGGGCCUGGAGCUCAGCAGGAUGGAGCCCGACAUGGCGAGGCUGAAUUCUGCGAGCUACGCGGAGUCGGGUGCUGCGGAGGCGAGGCCCAGGGCGGCCAGCGUGGCGGGGUCGCAGGCCGAGCAGGCUGCGGAGCUGGAGCAGGUCGCCAAGUCGAUGGACCGCUUCUCGCGACUGAGCACGGACCUCGCCAACGAGAGGACACUGCUGGCAUGGAUGCGGACGAGCAUGGCCGCGGUGCGUACAGCGCUGGCUCUGCUGGCGUUCUCCACCCAGGGCAUCUUUCUGUUCUCCGCCAACGUGUCCAGGGUGGCCAUGGUGAGCCUCUGCCUCGUGGCGGCGUGGUCGGGAGUCAGGCGGUACAGGCGCGUCAAGGACGCAACCUUCAUGGCCACCCCUCCGCAGGAGUUCGGGCGAUUGUCCAUCGACUACUUCAACUACCUGGUCGCUGUCGCCCUCGUGGCGCUAUGCGCAGGCCUAUACUUCAAGGCGUGGGAGGGCGGGCAUUGAUAGAGUGACGGCGCUCCUCCUCUGUGCUUCUACACUUCCCGAGGCUGCUCUCAGGAGGGACUCGCACCCGCAGAGGGACCACCGGCCGAGUUCUUCGCGGCUUCUUUGUAAGAACCCCGCGCCCAAGGCACUUAUGUUUAAUUAUGAGCGGGCAGCCGUGCCCCGCCUGGUGCUCUGAGCUCCUUGCGCCCUGCGCGCCCGGACUGUGGGCGGGACACGCAGGUACGCACGAGCACUGAGCCAGACGUCCUGCAGGAUGUUCCCUCCUCCCUCGCGCACGAUGUCGCAGCUGCUUCGUGGCGUAGGCCACCGACCUCUCGACCCGACCCCAUUCCAGGGACGGGCCUGUCAUCCUGGCUUUGGCCCACUGCCCCGGCGGGCAGCGACGGCAUCCAGAGGCCGAAUUUGCUGGACAACGGGCUGCUUUUCCCCCCGACCGCCCUGUGAUGGUGGCUCGUCGUUUUGAGAAGGCAGCGCCCCGCGUUCUCCCCUCCCGCUGCCCCUCCUCCACUUCCAGCUCUG